GACUUAUUUACAGAUGCACCAACACGUGUGCGUCCAAUAAUUGUCACCGACUGGAAUGAAUCUGUAAAGAGAUUUUGACAACAACAAGUUAACAGUGUUCUACAUGCAGUCAGUGGGAAACAUAAAAAAUACAACUUUGUUUUUUAACUUUGUUUUUUAUUUUAUUUUAUCGUGUCGUCAGUGAGGUCCGACCCAUCCGUCCAAGCGCUACGAUGACUUAAAUGUCCAAUCCGAUCUCAACGUGACUUUGAUAAAGCACAACAGUCAUGUUUCAUACUGUACAACCGAAGUUUUAACUCUUCAGUCAAACAUUCCUCCUCAAAAUGCAUUUAAAUGUAACAUUACCCAUCCUCCGAGGGAGCAUCAGACACCUGAUGAAAAGAUCCUCACAGACAUGCAGAUGCAGAUGGAGAGUGACAAUGAAUAGAAAUUAUAGUUUUUUUCAAGAUGAGGUGAAAUCACUUAGAGCUGUGGUCAGCCCUGACAUCUCAAAAAUUCGUAACAUAGGCAUCAUGGCACAUAUAGAUGCAGGGAAGACCACCACGACAGAGAGAAUGCUGUACUACUCUGGCUACACACGGGCUCUCGGAGAUGUUGAUGAUGGAGACACUGUAACUGAUUACAUGGCCCAAGAGAGGGAGAGGGGAAUCACCAUCCAGUCAGCUGCUGUUACCUUUGACUGGAAAGAUCAUAGAAUUAACCUCAUAGACACGCCAGGUCAUGUUGAUUUUACUUUGGAGGUUGAGAGAGCUUUACGAGUUUUGGAUGGAGCAGUCGCUGUGUUUGAUGCUUCUGCCGGAGUAGAGGCUCAAACCAUGACUGUGUGGCGGCAGGCAGAAAAACAUAAAAUUCCUUGUGUGUGCUUCCUGAACAAGAUGGACAAGCCUGCAGCUAGCCUGAAGUACUCUAUAGACAGCAUAAAGACUAAACUAAAGGCCAACCCUGUUCUCCUUCAGAUUCCCAUUGGCUCAGGAAAGAGCUUUACCGGAUUGGUGGAUUUGAUCACUAGGCAGAAAAUGACUUGGCAGGGGAGCUCACUGACACAUGAUGGUCGAGCCUUUGAAAUCAGCACUCUUCAGCCCUCAGAUGACCCAGAUGUGCUUCAGGCUGUCAGUGAGGCCAGGGGAACUUUGAUAGAACAGGUAGCGGAUCUAGAUGAUGAGUUUGCGGAGCUGCUGCUGGGAGAGUACGGUGAAGACUUUGAUGCAGUGCCUGCAGGGAAGUUGCAGGAGGCAGUGAGGAGAGUAACAUUAGCUCGCAAGGGGGUGCCGGUUUUGUGUGGGAGCUCUCUGAAAAAUAAAGGGGUUCAACCUCUGCUGGAUGCCAUCACUGCUUACCUCCCUGCCCCCAACGAGAGGAACCAUGAGCUGGUGCGCUGGUAUAAGGAUGAUCUGUGUGCUUUGGCGUUCAAAGUGGUCCAUGACAAACAGCGGGGUCCACUUGUGUUUGUUAGAAUCUAUUCAGGAAACAUGAAGGCUCAGUCAGCAGUGUACAACAUCAACAGGAACGGGACGGAGAGAAUGAGUCGUCUUCUCUUGCCUUUUGCUGAUCAGCACAUAGAAAUCCCUUCUUUGCCUGCAGGAAACAUUGCGCUCACAGUAGGACUCAAACAGACCGUGACAGGUGACACCAUCGUCUCCUCCAAAGCCUCUGCGGCAGCUGCGGUUCGACGGGCUCAGAAGGAAGCAGAGAGCAAGAGGAGCUCGCACAGAGAGAGCAGCAGUCUGGUUCUUGCAGGGGUGGAAGUCCCUGAGCCUGUGUUCUUCUGCUCCAUUGAACCUCCUACUAUGGCCAAACAAGCAGAUCUGGAGCAUGCGCUCAACUGCCUGCAGAGGGAAGACCCCAGUCUGAAAGUCAGAACAGACCCCGAUUCGGGACAGACGGUACUGUGUGGCAUGGGAGAACUGCACAUUGAGAUCAUCCAUGACCGUAUAAAAAGAGAGUACAACAUUGAAACACAUCUAGGACCCUUGCAGGUGGCCUACAGAGAGACCAUCGUCCAUUCAGCAAAUGCCACAGACUCCUUAGAUCGUACUCUGGGAGACAGGAGGCAUGUUGUUACUGUGGAGCUUGCUGUCCAUGCUCUGAUGCAGGAGUCUAGCACUUCCUGUGACUUGACUUUUGAGGAGGAAGUAAAAGCUCAACUCCCUGCUGAUAUCAAAGAGGCUGUGGAAAAUGGAGUCCAGAGCGCCUACCUCCAAGGUAACCAAGAUAGUUACUUUAAAGCUUUUGUGCCUGGAUCAUUCAUUACUUUCAUAUACACUACCAUUCAAAACGUCAGAAGCCAGUGCCACAGACUGAUCGACUCCAUGAGUUUAUGUCUUUCUUUGUUUGUAUGCAUGCAGGCUCUGAAGCUGGCUGGAGGGCAGGUUUUGGAGCCGGUGAUGGCUCUGGAAGUGACGGUAGGGGAGGAGCAUCUGAGUCCUGUGCUUGCAGAUCUCGCCCAGCGACGUGGUACUAUAUGCGACAUCCAAAGUCGACAGGAAAACAAGGUUUUGAUGGCUACAGUUCCUUUGGCUGAGAUAAUGGGCUACUCAACCGUUCUACGCACUUUGACCUCUGGGAAUGCCACCUUUUCUCUGGAGCUGUCCAGCUAUGAGCCCAUGAACACUCAGGACCAGAACACACUGCUCAACAAGAUGGCUGGACUGGCUUGAACCAGUAACUGUCACCAGCUGAACUGACCAUAUACAGAUACAAAUUUUGAUGCCUCUGUGAUUGGCUGCUUACAUAUGGUCCAGAAGAUAAAUCUUAGAGACUAGCCUACAAAUGGACAUGGACAUACCCUGCUCAGCCCACAUCCAGAGACCUACUAUUUUUUUUCUCUGAUGGAGAGAACGGCGUAAGGUAAAAAGUGCAUAAAGUGUGAGUAAAUAUGUUUGUGUAUGUAUAAUAUAACUAUAAUUUUACAACGACGCAUCCAUGUUUUAUUUAAAUAUUUAUUUCAUUUAUAAAACGCUUAUAACAUACCAAGCCUUGGAAAAUAAUUAAAAUGCAGACCUGAUUUCAAAGA